UACCACAAACAGUGUGUGUGAACCUCAAAGCCCUCCCUAACCGGCUGGAAAAAGGGCAAUAAGGGUGUGCAAUUCAACAGUGGCACUUCUGAGUCUACACACUGCCAACAGUUUGGACUAAAGUAUGCAUUGAGUUACUGAUGUUUCAUUACUAGGCCACUUAUGACAGGAAAACAGGGACCGAGGGGGCUGUGAUGAUAAGUUAUUACUUGUUUUAUUUUUAUAAAUGUACAUUUUAAUAGGGAUGAUGUGUGCUAAAUUGAGAAGUUUGAAUGUGAGUUAUAGUAAGCACUAAGGACUGUUAUUCUAAAUUUGGGUUGGAUCAUUUAUAAAAUGUUUUAGUUAUGUUUUGGAUAUAGAACUGUUUAGAUUUAUUAGGUCUAUGGAAGCCCUGGAAACCUUAUCUACGUGAAUGGAUAAUCUAUCUGGCACUAUGAUGUGUCAGGGCAGAAGAGUCCUGCUCGCAUGGAUAAGUCUGAGCCUGUUUGUGAGUUUUCAUACAGUCGAAGGCGACAGAGAGAGCCUCUUCCAGCUUAAUACUAGGUAUGGUAAGCUGGAGGGCAGACUGGUCAGAGUGAGAGAGAGCCAGACGAAGGUGGCUGCCUACCUGGGGAUCCCCUUCGCUGAGCCCCCUGUCGGGCCCCUGAGGUUCCAGGCCCCCAAACCUCCCCGGGUGUGGCAGGGACUGAGAGACGCCAAGGCUUACCCCCCACUGUGUCUGCAGAACAUGAACCACACUAGACGAAUGGGGGACCUGUACAGAGGUCGGUUCCCUGUCCUAACCACCUCAGAGGACUGCCUUUACCUGAACAUCUACACACCAGUCAAACCUGGGGACCCAAGGAAACUACCAGUGAUGAUUUGGAUCCAUGGUGGUGGCUUCCUCAUGGGAGGGGCUUCACUCUAUGAUGGCUCCUCAUUGGCUGCCUUCGGGGACGUUGUGGUGGUCAUCCUUCAAUACCGUCUGGGUAUCCCAGGGUUCCUCAGCACUGGGGAUGGCCAGUACCCUGGGAAUGUGGGUAUUCUGGACCAGGUGUGUGCCCUGCGCUGGGUGCAGGAGACCAUCAGCAGUUUCGGGGGAGACCCAGGAUCUGUCACCAUUUUCGGAGAGUCUGCUGGUGGUGUUGCCGUCUAUUUACAUAUGAUGUCCCCUCUGUCAUCAGGACUGUUCCACAAGGCCAUCAGUCAGAGUGGAGUACCCCUCAUUUCUCUGUUCAUCCAGGAUGACCCCAAACCUGCUGCACAGCUGGUGGCACAGAGAGCAGGAUGUCCCAGUGAUGACUCUGCAGAGCUCAUGACCUGCCUCAGUACCCUCAGCCCACAGGACAUAGAGGCGGCUACACCUGCACUGGGGGAGAUGGUUCUGUCUGUGCACAGGGAUGGAACAGUCAUCCCUACCAACCUGGAGGAAGUCCUGCAGACCAAGAGCUUCCUGGGCUUCCCCAGCAUCAUGGGGGUCAACAACCAUGAGUAUGGAUGGAUGCUCCCACAUUUUUUCCUGUUUCCUGGAUGGGAUCUUGGAAUGACCCAUGAAAACAUGAUGAUGAUCCUGGCGUUUAUGCUUCAGAAACUGCGUAUGCCAGACUCUGCCCUGGGGAUCAUCGUAGGGGAGUACUUUGGUGACACAAAGGACCCCGUGGGGAUCAGAGAUGCCUUCUUGGAGCUUAUGGGAGAUCUACUGAUUGUGUUCCCUGGGAUCCAGGGAGCCAGAGGGUGUAGAGAUUCUGGUUGCUUGAUCUACUACUAUGAGUUCCAGCAGCGCCCCUCCAUGUUCGCGUCCAGCAGGCCAGGUUUUGUGAAAGCAGACCACUUUGAUGAGGUUGGCUUUGUGUUUGGCGCCCCCUUUUGGACAGAUGACAUAGUGAUGUUAGAUAACACGACAGACGAGGAACGACAGCUUAGCAGGACCAUGAUGAAAUACUGGACUAACUUUGCCAGAACAGGUAACCCUAACGGAGAGAAUAUGUUUGAUUGGCCGACAUUCACCACAGAAGAAGAGUGUCUACUGAUCCAGGCAAACCUCGGGCUGGGCAGUGUCUCAGAGAAGAAGAGAGCCCAGUUCUGGACAGAAGACUUCCCCAAAGGACUGCAGACUGCUGGACACAAAGAUGCACACAAUGACCUUUAGAGCUGAAUGUUCACUGUGUCAAAUGCUGUUCUAGGAGUGUCCAUGUUGUUUCCCUCCACUCCUGUCACGUCCUGACCAUAGAGAGUCUUUAUUUUCUAUGGUAUAGGUCAGGGCGUGACUGGGGGGUUAGUCUAGUUUAUUAUUUCUAUGUGGGGUUCUAGGUUUGUUUUUCUAUGUUGGUGAUUGUGUAUGAUUCCCAAAUAGAGGCAGCUGGUAUCUUUGUCUCUAAUUGGGGAUCAUAUUUAGGUAGCUUUUUUCCACCUGUGUUUAUGGGAUAUUGUUUUGAGUUAGUGCAUGUAGCAUCUCUGUAGUCACGGUUUGUUGUUAGCAAAGACAAAAAUAAACAAACUAAGUUACACUUUUUAAUAAAUAAUGUGGAACUCAACAUCCGCUGCGCCUUUGUCCGACAUUUAUUCUAACGAACGUGACAACUCCAGUGAUGCCAGUCUGCUAUUAGGUUACAGUAUAUGAGGCUUUCUUUGCCUUUUCCUUAUUUUGUAUCAGAAUUUGACCAUUUUAAUAUUCUAGAUUUUCUGUAGUGGUUUGCUCUUCUAUUUUUAUUUUAUAUAUUAAAUGUUUUUUGAUAUUAUGUAGCCUAUUUUUAUCUUGCUGUGUUCAUAUGUCCAUUAAAGCCAUACAAUCAUCAA